AUGGACAUCUACACGACGUCCUUCUGCCUCCCGAGGUCGACAGCCUCGUCGACCGAUCUCUCGUCGACGCAGACCUUCUCGCUCGAUCUCGGCCCGCGCUCGCCCCAGCCGCAAGCCCGCCAGCAGGCUGGCCACCAGGCGAGCCAGUCGGACGGCGCCGUCCCCGCCGGCUCGUCGAGCGCGCCGAGCGCCGCCGACGCGAGCAGCGGCGUCAAGAGCCGCUCGGCGUCGGCCUCGACCGAGAGCGGCGACGGUGCGGCGGGCACCGCGACCGACGUGACGAGCCCGACGAGUGCCGGCGAGGCGAACGGCGCUGCGAGCCCGUCGCUCGCCGGCGAGGACGACACGCACCAGCGCGACGUCGCCGACGCGGGCAAGCGCUCGAGCAUCGACUUCAACGACACGAUGCAGCGCGUGUGCGUCGAGACGAUGGCCGCGCACCAGUGCAUCGUGUCGUUCACGCCCGUCGAGCCGAGCUCGCCCAUGCUCGGCGGGAGCGGCGGCGCAACGGGAUCGGGCGAGGGUGCGGCAGGGGCCAGCGGUGGGGCGGCGCAGGUGGAAAAGCCCGGGACCGUGUACAACGUGCACCUGAGCGGCGGGUACCAGCAGGUCAUGGCGGCGAGGGGCCACAUCCUCCGCGAGAGUCCGUUCAAGCGCAAGUCGAUCGUCAAGGUCCCGCGCGCCGAGGUCCUCGACGGCAAGGAGAACGUCAAGGCCGAGAUGCGCCGCAAGCUCGACGAGAUCGCCUCGCUCACCAAGGCGCACCUCGCCAUUGUCGGCCAGGCGACGGCCUCGAUCGGCUUUGGCCUCGAGACGGAGCGCAACGUCGAGAUCGUCAUCACGGGCCCGUACGAGAGCGUCGAGCAGGCGCGCGUCCGGCUCCUCGUCCUCCUCGAUGAGCUUAGCGGCCUUCACUCCGAGGUGUGCGAGAUCGACUACAAGCUGCACUCGAUCCUCGCCGGCCGCAAGCGCUGCGUCGUCCAGACGAUCCAGGAGGAGUCGGCGACCAACAUCUACUUCCCGACGCCGCUCUCGGGCGUCCUCGGGCAGAAGAACCUGUCGCUCAUCGCCAAGCAGAACCUCAUUUUCAUCACGGGCGAGUUCUUCGGCGUGCAGCGCGCGAGGGACAUGCUCUUCCAGGUCUCGCUCCACAAGAGCAAGUGCAUAAUCUCGCGCGACACGGCCAUCCUCCCGCGCAAGCUCGACUGGAUGCUCUCGGACCGCCUCGAGGACAUCAAGCAGAUCAUGAGCGACAACGGCACCUUUAUCAACUUUCCGCCGAUCGGCAGCCAGGCGAGCCUCAUCUCGGUGUACGGCGACCACCGCGUCAACAUCGAGCGCACGAUCCGCUCGGUCAUGGCCCUCGCGUGUCAGUUCUACGUCGCCUCGUUCUGGCUCCUGCCCGUGUCGUUCGACGUCUUCAUGCCGCCGCCGACGAUCAACCCGGCCCAGAUCCCGCCCAUCCUGCGCCACAUCAGCGUCACGUCUGGCGCCGAGGCCGUCUUCAAGAGCAACUGCUUCGAGUUCCACGGCCUCGAGAGCGAGGUCCGCCAGGCGGUCCAGCUCGUCCUCGAGCUCGACUUUGUCAAGGCGUUCCACCACGAGAUCCGGUUCCAGAUCGAGCUCGCCAACGAGCACCGCGAGUUCAUCUCGGGCAAGAAGAACGGCAAGCUCAACAAGAUUAUGAAGAGCGCCAACGUCAAGAUCAAGUUCGAGACGUUCAACGACUACAACUUCCUGAUCGACGUCGCCGGGAAUGACACGGGCGCGCUGCACGGCCUCACAAUGCUCCAGGAGGAGCUGCCCGCCGAGAUCUCGUUCCACGUCCCCGAGGCGUACCACAAGCGCAUCAUCGGCGUCGGCGGCAAGAACAUCCAGCGCAUCAUGAAGAAGUACGGCGUCUACGUCAAGUUCUCCAACGCCGAGGAGUUUGCCGCGCUCGGCGGGUACAACGACAACGAGGACAACGUCGUCGCGCGCACGCCGGCCAAGAACGCCAUGAACCUCGAGCACCUCAAGCAGAGCGUCAUGGAGCUCGUCGCGCCAAAGGACAAGGACUUUAUCGUCGAGAUGGUGGCCAUCCCGAGGCGGUACCACCGCACCUUGCUCGGCGAGAAGAGCAUCUUCAUCCACGACAUCGAGGCCAAGACCAACUCGCACGUCCGCUUCCCGAGCAAGGAGACGGCGAGCGACGUCGUCAGCAUCUUUGGGCCCGAGAGCCAGGUCCACAUCGCCGCCCAGAUGCUCCUCGACCACGUCCCGUUCGAGGCCGAGUACCGCCUGCCGCACUCGACCGAGAUGGCCAACCUCGCCCUGUCGCAGGACUUUGUCGGCCUCACCGAGAAGAUCAAGCGCGACCUCAACAUCACGAUCCUGCCCUGGGUCGACCGCUCGGGCGCCAACGAGGAGACGAUCAUCCGCUUCUGCUUGAACCGCAGCAACGUCGACUUCCUCGCGACGAGCCGGGAUCUGGUUGAAGAGUACCUCGUCCAGCGGAACAUCAACCUGUACCCUGGCUCGCUGCGCCCGAGGUCCGACUCGUUCGCCGACGUCUUUGCGCCGUUCAACAGCAAGCUCCUGUCGACGACGGCCAUGGGUGACGGCGACUCGCGGCCCGACCCUCGCCCGGGCUCGGACCGCAAGCUGCGCCUCGCCGCCUCGUCGCCCAACAUCAAGGCCAUCUUCGACGCCAAGCCGGGUGGCUCGUCGGCAGCGUACCCGUCGCACGCGCCCCGCCUUCCGUCCAUCCCGUCCGGCCCCAACGACCUCGGCCACGCCGACCCGAUAGGCGCAGGCGCCUACGCGCCGUUCUACCCGGUCCCUCCUGUACCUCGCAUGCCGCCCCAGUACGGCGGGCACCCGCCGCCGCCGCCGCACCACCACAUGCCGCAGCACCACCCGUUCGCGCCCGGCCCGUUCGCCGCGCCGCCGCCGCCUCAGCACCAGAUGCCGCCGCACCAGGGCGAGUAUCACUGGGGCGCACCGCCGCAGCCGCCGCCCAGGCAGGCGAUGCAGCAGCAGCACGGCUACCCGAACGCGCCGCCGCCGCCAUCGCCCGGGUACGCGCCGCCGGCCGGCGUCCCCUCGCAGCCGUACGGCGCCUCGGCCCCGGCUCCUCCUCCUCCAGCCGUCGCCCCGACGUCGCGCUUCAGCAACGAGGAGUACCGGGCGUCGCACCCUCGGCACCACGGCGCGUCGGCGUCCUUUUCGGUCGCGCCCAACGCGUCCUCGUCGUCCUCGUCGUCGGCCGACCCGCACAACUCGUCCCUGUCGCAGUCGGCGUCAGUCGAGGACAAGCUCAAGGAGCUGUCGACGGCGUCGACGUCGCCGACGACGGGGCGACAGCUGCGCGCGCUCGCCGGUCGGGCGCAGAGCCUCGACCUGAGCCAGCACGCCGCGGCGUUCAGCCGAGCGAGCACGGCGCCGCGCCACGAGAGCGUCGACGAGGUCGCCGGCGCCUUUGGCGGCCUCGGCCUGUCCUGAGCGCCUCGCGUCGUCGUCGCCCUCGUACCUCGCCCUUCUCUUCUUCCUCCUCGCACAUCGCCUCGCAAACAAGACCGCCACUCUCAUGCACAGACGUCCACACACCCCUCUCCCACCCACUUUCGAACAUACCUUGCCUCUCAUACCCGCCUCUUUC